UCCUGCUAAAGCCCCCUGCAGAAGUUGUUAAUUACCUAAUUAGCAAGCCUCAUUUGCAGGUGUGACUGCUUAGUAUAAUGUGGUGCAGGUUGUCUUGUAUGUCUAAAAUAGAUUUUGAGCGCUGGCUCAUAAAAAUCCUAAAUUACACAGAUACCUUCUGUAAGUAAAUUACCAUCAUCUCAGAAUUAACUUGCUUGUUUUCUCUCCAUAGCAUGUUGUUAUUUGAUGUUUUUUGUUAUUUAAGUGCAGUUUAGAAAAUGAGGAAACAUGACUCAAAGCAUAAGAAAGAAGGAUUUCAGACCUGAUUUGGUAAUGUGGCCUGAAAACACAUCAGAGUUGCUGUCACAGAGGGGAUGAAAUGCGUCCGUAUGUCCUAAGGCAGAGCAUUCGAUGUCCUAAAAAAUAUGGGGAGACUAUUAAAGAGAGGACAUACAACUUGGCCCCAAGUUAUGAUUUGGACUUUGAAUGUGAGCCGAGUGAAGCAGACCCCCAGAAACCCCUGGCUGACAGGUAUAUAAGGAAUGCUGCCGCUCUUCCAGAUCUCAAACUGCCCCACAGCGACGGAGCCCUCAUUUCUGAAGAGAGGAGCUCCAGCAGCGUGUCAAUCAUCCAGCCAGGACCUCUGAUGAUCCACGGCUUCACAGUGCCAGAGUACCAGAAGACGUAUCAUUCAGUGGUGGAUCCUCUGCUCUUUGGGCCUUGCGGGAAACUCGCAGCCUACAGUCUGAAGCUGGGCCGUAACAUUAAGGAACAUCUGUUUAAAGAGCUGGCCUACCCAACACUUCAAAUUUCAGAGCAGCCAAAUGGAAAGGUGGAGGUGGUGGAGAGAUUCUGUGUGCUCCGCUCGACACCUUUCAUAGAUAUAGACAGUAUUGGGGAACCACAGUGAUAUUCCCCCCAUUGACUUUCAUUGAUAUGAGUGUGCUAUUCUCUUAUACCCAAUUAAGACUAUUUUCAUUUUCCUUGAAAUGUAAUGCAGCAGCUAGAUUUAUAUUUCAAAAGUUGAAAAGACAUUAUGUCAAAUGUUUGACAUCUCUUCAUAAACAGUUUGAAAAAAAGAUUAGUUAUGCAAGACAAAGUGAAGCCAAUAAACCUGUGAAUGCUGCAUUUUAAUUGGGAUCUUGUCCCGUGUUGUACUGUACAUGUGUGUGUGAUCAUCAUCUGUUCAACCACAUGUGCCCUAUAUGUGGGUGCAACCGAGACACCGCUGACUUCUGCUUUCUAACAGUUUAUCAUAAAAAAUCAAUACACAAAA